AUGGACUCAUCGCUGUACUCCGGGUUUUACACGUCCCAGAAGUUGGUCGACGAGUUCAACAUGUUGCAGGAUAAUCUACCCAUCACGCUCAAAGAAAAGGACUCCACCGAAUACGACGACAACUACAACAACGACGAGAUCAAUGAAUCCACAGCGUCUCAAACGUCUCUGAUAAACGGCAAAGUCGUACCGCCGCCACAGCCUGCGGUAAUCGCCAAUGCAGUGGUCCGAAAGAUCGACAUACUGCAAGCGGUUUUCAACACUCUAGGUGGGAAAGAUAAACUGGCAAAGAUCCUCAAAUACGUGCUGGACCUUUUAAAGCUGUUUGUGGGUCGCAGCCGAGCUUCAAUCACCACAUGGGACCCGCAGGUGCUACAGCACUACUCCAAAGUGCUUUCGCAGCUCAACAUGCGCCUGAUGCUCAAACACCCUGUCACCAUUUUCAAGAUCGUCACCGUGGCGUGUCUGCGAAACUUCGAGUCCCGCGCGUCGAUCAUAAGCACAAGUCUGAGUCUUUUUCGCCAAAUCCUGAGGUUCGGUGGCACGCCCUUCCGCGUAGUGGCCAUGUGCCAAAAAAUCAGCUCGACCCUGCAUCAGAUUUCCGCAUCCAAGCAGUCGAAUCUGCUGCAGAAAUCUGCACCUACCAGCAGCCAUGCGUUGGCCGUCGUCAACAAAGUUUGGCUCAACGAAAGCUCGCUUGCCGAUUUUAUCGAUCUGUACUACGGCAUAAUGGACGAACUGGCGCUGCUGCACAAAUUCAAGCUCUGGAACCACGCUACAUUGUUCCAGUGGGUGUCCAAACACGAGGCUCUAUCGUGGUACUACGAUAUCAUGCUUGGGCUGAAAAAUAACUGGGUUGCUCUGCAGGAUCUGAACCGUGCGCAGCUCGAGCUCGAGAUCCAGAUUCAAGUCAAGAAGCGGGCAUUGGAGCUUUCCUCCAGGCUCCAAGACAGAGCUGCGUCGCCCAUAAAACAGCAGCUGCUGCAAGACUUACAGGCCAGCAAUAACGGCAACACAAUCGUUCUCGAGCGCAUUCACGAACUGGAACGUGAACGCAAGACCGUCAUGCUUGAUCUCGUAAGGCUGUCAUUUGAUUUUCUUGCUGACUCAACCGACGUUUUCAACUUGAAGACGCCGCCUGGUACCUAUGCCUUAUUAUCGUUGGCAUCGGGUCUAACAGGGUUUGUCAAACUAUGGGGCAACGCCAAGAGGGAACUAUCCAAUAAUGUUCCAUCUACAUAG